GAUGUUUAUGUGGGAGCAUAGUAUCGACGUCUUCGUUCGUUCCGGGUUUAUAAUUUUUGUAGUUUUUGCGGCGUAGCAAAAAGUAGUAUUACUGGAGGAAUUUGUUCCGGACAAUAAAAGUGUCCUCAGCGGAAGUGAACGAAAUGUGUUUUUAAGUUAAGCUAUACAAGUUUGUGAACAGUACGGGAUUUUUUUUCCUGCUUUCUGAAUCAUCAGUGUGUUAUUGAUCGAAAUAAAAAAAAAUGUCUUCGGAGAUAUUGUUCGUGAUUGAGGGCACCGCCAUCAAUGGGGCCUACAUAAACGAUAUGAAAAGCAACUACAUCGUGCCAACGUUGGAAUACUUUUCUCAGAGUACCGUGACGGACGAACGGAACGAUAGCUAUUCGACCGACAAGAACGGAAACCAGUACGGCAUCGUGGUGUACAAGACGGCUCAAAGCCUGCCCGGGAUUUGCUGCACCACUUUUGGUCCGUACAACAGCGCCCACAAAGUGCUGGGAGCGAUCGACCGCCUGGAGCUGAGUGGUGGUAAGAGCGAAUCGAAUGCUAAUCUGGCCGAAGGACUGGCAACGGCUUUGGUUUGCUUUGACGAUUUUGAUGAGCUGCGUGAAGCGUCAACCGGGGGGAACGGAAUGAAGGUGCACAAGUACUGCAUUCUGAUUGCGGCCAGCUCACCCUACUCGAUGUACGUGACCGAAUGCUGUGCCUAUGAGAACAAAAAUGUCGAACAGCUGGUGGCGCUUUUUCAUGAGAAAAAUAUUAAUCUGUCCAUUAUUUCGCCGAGAAAGAUUCCGAUUUUGUUUCAAUUGUUUGAAAAGUCUGGAGGGGAUUUGAGCUCUUCUAGUACGAAAAAUUAUUGUAAAGAUCCACGUCACCUGGUGCUGUUGAAGGGUUUCAGUCUUAAAGAACGCCCGAUUAGCCCUCCGGUUAAUAAUAUGCACCACUCUCAGCAGCAGCAACAGCAGCCUGGUAAUAUGCCCAGUCCCAAUCCUAAUCAGCAACAACAGCAGCAGCAACAGCAACAACAACAGCAGCAACAACAGCAGCAGCAACAAUCAGUUCAAAAUGUUAUGGACAAUGUGAAUCAUAUUGCUGGAAUGGGUAACAAUCCGGCUAUGAGGGGAGCAAUGACACCGCAACAAGUUGCUAUGCAACAACAACUGCAACAGCAGCAACAACAACAGCAGCAGCAGCAACAGCAACAAUGCCGUAUGAAUUUCCCUCAGGGUCACAUGAACAAUCAAAUGUUCGUCAAUCAAAUACCAAAUCAGCAGCAAAAUCUCAAUACCAUGAAUUAUCAGCAACAAUUGCAACAGCAGCAGCAGCAGCAGCAGCAACAACAACAGCAGCAACAGCAACAAUUACCCCAACAGCAGCAGCAGCAGAUGCGCUGGAUGGCCCCUCCCCAAGCGCAAGGACGGAACUUCAUGCAGCCGGGAGGCAUGAAUGGUAAUCCUAAUCAGCAGCAGCAGCAGCAACAACAGCCACAAAAUCAAAUGGUCGGAAACAAUGCCCAGACUAAUUCGGUACUAAUUUCUCAACUGACCACUCCACCUCAUACUAUGACCGCCCAACAGCAGCAGAUGAAUCAAAUGAAUAAUCCUCAGUUGCGGAUGCAGUUUGUCAAUAAUUGCCUCCAGCAACAGCAACAACAACAACAGCAGGGUCAACCGAACCCACAGCAGCAGAGCAUGAUGCAGCAACAGUUGCUGGCACAGCAGCAAGCCAACAUGCAGAACCAAAACAUGCAAAACCCAAUGGGCAUUCCUGGAGGGCAAAUGAGCCAAAUCGGUGGCGUUAAUCAGCAACAGCAGCAGCAACAACAGGGUGGUAUGCCAAACCAAGGCCAGAUGGGAGGUCCGGGUGUCUCUCAGCAACAGCAGCAACAACAACAGCAACAGCAAAUGGGCCCCGGUCCGGGGCAGCAGAUGGGACAGCCCGGCCAACUGCCACGGGAGCGAAUCUGGAGCGGAACACUGGAGUGGAUCGAGAAGCCAAACAAAAACGAUGCGGCCAAGGUAACCCGUCAACUGCCUUGCUCCGUUACUGCCAACAUUCGCGAUGGGGAACCGGAAAUAAAAGCGGAUAACUGGCCUCCCCGGCUUAUCAUGCAGUUGAUGCCCAAAGCGCUGGUGGGCAGCGCCGGUGGUCAGUACAUCAAGGAGUCGAAAACGGUCGUCUUCAUGCCGUCCCCUUGUGAGGCCCUGGAUGCGUUGUCCAAGGUUAUGGGUUCUGGCUUUGCGGGAUGUGUACACUUCACCACGUCCCCCAGCUGUGACAUAAAGGUUCUCAUUCUUCUGUACACGGCGGAAAAGAAAGCCUAUUUGGGUUUCAUUCCCAACAACCAGGUGGCAUUCGUGGAUCGGCUGAAAAAGGUGAUUAUGCAGAACAAAACCAUACAAGCUGCCAACCAGCAACAGGCCGGACAGGGUUCCGGCAUGGGGAUGCAGGUUCCUCAAGGUGGAAUGAAUCCUCAGCAGCAGCAACAACAGCAGCAGCAAGUUCAGCAGCAGCAAGCCAACCAGCAGAUGAUGGGUGGCCCAAUGGGCCCAGGUCCAGGUCAAAUGGUACCGGGCCCUGGGCAGAUGGUACCCGGUGGUGGUAUGCAGCAGGGACCUCGAAUGGGUGGAAUGGUUACCCAAAUGUUUUCGCCGGAACAACAGAUGCAGCAGGAUCAGUUCAACAAUUACGGCCAAAUGGGUAACCAACAGAUGCAGGAUCCGGGCAUGCAAAUGUCCCAGCAGGAGCAGUAUAAAAUGUUACUGCAACAGCAGCAACAGCAACAACAACAGCAGCAGCAGCAACAGCGUAACAUGGGUGGACCGAUGGGGAAUAUGGCGCAGAUGAACGUUGGCCUGCAGAAUCAACGAAUGAUGCGCCCGGUGCUGUCCAACAAUCCGGGACUGCGCCACCUACUGCAGCAGCAGCCGAAUCCCCAAUUCAGGCAGCAGAUGGGCAUGGGUAAUCCGAACCCGAUGGGACAGAUGGGUGGCCAGCGGCCCAAUCUUAACCCGAACCCGAACCAGGCACCGUUCGACGAUGCCAAUUUUGACUUUAUGUAAAUUGUCGGUAAGUUCGUUCUAUUUUUUAGCUCUGUUUUAGCAUAUUCGUAUAACAGCCUAUAUAUGGUAUGGAUAUCAUGUGAAACAAUGUUCGUGAAGAAUUUAACUCGUCGAGUUUUUUGUGUAUGAGAAAGACCAGAGAGCGAGCGACAAUUGUGAAUGUUUGAAUACACGAACGGCGAAGCGGUUAAUUCGCACAGAAAA